UCUCCCAAGAGCGGGACUGUGUUGAGGGGGCAUGAAAAAAAAUCUUACAAAAACUGAAAGUGAAAUGAGGAAGGCAGAUUGAGCAAUCCAUGGAAGGCCGGAGCCAGAGAACCUACUUCAGGGUAGCGAAAGAUGUAGAAGAGUCAGGAGAGCGCUCCUAGGGGAGCCUCCAAAGACACAGAUGACAGGAAAUGACCCACCCCCGUGGCCACUUACUCCAAAGGCCCAGACCUUCGAAGGAAUGGAUGAGUCUGCGGAGCCCCGGCCACCGUGCCUGUCUUCUUGCCCUGAGAAAGGAGAAGAAAUGAAAGUGGGAUGUGUUUCCAUCACUCCGCAGAAGGAGUGUGCCUGGGUCGGGGUCUGCAGGGAUGGAAGGCUGCUGGCUGCUACUUUCCUGCUGGCCCUGUUGUCCAGCGGCCUCACGGUGAUGUCCUUGUACUGGUCUGCUGCUCUGCAAGCCGACCUGAUGAGCCUGCGCAUGGAGCUGCAGGGCUACCGGGUUGCAGCCGCCCCCGCCGCCCCAGGGGCCACCGCAGAAGCCAAACUCCUGGUACCCACAGCUCCGCGAACCCACAACUCCAGCGUCAGCCACAGGAACAAACGCGCUUUCCAGGGUCCGGAGGAAGCAGUCAUUCAAGACUGUCUGCAACUGAUUGCAGACAGUGACACGCCGACUAUACGAAAAGGAUCUUAUACGUUUGUUCCAUGGCUUCUCAGCUUCAAAAGAGGAAGCGCCUUGGAGGAAAAAGAGAAUAAAAUCGUGGUGAAGCAAACGGGUUACUUCUUCAUCUACAGCCAGGUUCUAUACACAGAUACCAUCUUUGCCAUGGGGCAUCUCAUCCAGAGGAAGAAAGUACACGUCUUUGGGGACGAGCUCAGCCUGGUGACCCUGUUCCGAUGCAUUCAGAACAUGCCAAGAACACUGCCCAACAAUUCCUGCUACUCAGCUGGCAUUGCGAGACUGGAAGAAGGAGACGAGAUUCAGCUUGCCAUACCUCGAGAGAAUGCACAGAUUUCACUGGACGGAGAUGGCACCUUCUUUGGUGCCCUAAAACUGCUGUGACCCACUUACUGGACUGUGUGGUCCCCUUCUCUCCUUUCUUCUGUACCUCCAAGGGAAAGAUGGACAACUGGAAAUAUCAAAAGAGGGGGAAGUCACCACCUAAACCUUCCUUGUGAGCUGUUUAUUUUGGUUGGCUGAAUCUGGUCCAAAACAGGAAAUUUAACAGACAACCACAACCAAAAUGUGUCAUGUGAAUUACGAGAAAUGGAGUCAGUUUUCCCGUAUUUGUAAAGACAGAACUUUAAAGUCUGUUCUCUGCAGUCUAUGCCAACACUCACCAUGCCCUUACUUCUCAUCAUGGGAAACACACGUUCACAAAGUAAGGAGGCUGCCUCAGAAGUGGGCUUUGGGGAUUCGAGGUGAGAAGAGGGUCUGUAUCUGAAGGCCUUUGAAACAUUCUGGCAAAGUCUCAGGAUUUAUCUUCUCUUCUCACGUUACUUUUCUCUUGUCCAGUUAAUACUAGGGGAUGUUUUGUUUGUUUUUGUUUUUGUCUUUGUUUUUUUAAAAAUCUAUCCAUCUUGAACUAGUCAUAGACAAAAAUACUUAGAGGUUCAACUUUUGCCACUUUCAAAUAAACUUAAUUUAAAAUG